UGGGCUACACUGAAAAGCGAGGUAAAACAGCGCAACUGUUUGCAAACCAGAUAGCAUCUGUGGACAGGGCUAACCUAACUUAAAAUGCAUCUUUUCAGGUUACAUCGGGUGCAUUAGAGAGCGGGGGAGGGAGCCCGAACAGGAGGGGCAUUGCUGUAAAUCCAGGAGUGGCCAAGGACGCUGCGUAGAAUAGAUUGGAACACCUCCACGGGAGCACUGCAAAAGAAGUGUAGGAUGGAAAAUCGAAGAUUGAAAGAAAAUGCAAACGGAUUGAACCAACAUUAUAAAGGAGGCUUUUACAAAAAGUGACGGUUAAACAGUUUCCCUAUGUUACCGAGAGUUUACGCACGGCUUUUGUAACUUGGAGAAUAAACAGUGGUGUUUGUUCUGUGAUGCACUGAAGAUGAUCCGCACGCCUUUUGAUAUGGAUGAGCUGGAUGGUCAAGAUGAGUUUUUAUACUGAUGAUGCCAUGGAUAUUUGGAACAAUGGUUCCACAGAACUGCACGAAGUGUUACAGAGAUCAGGGACAAAUAACUCCAACUUAAACAACACAAAUGUGACAGAGACACAUGAUACCAGCCGUUUUACCCUUUCCCGAGCCGUGCCACUGGGCAUGGUCCUCGGCGCCUUCAUAGUAUUUGCUAUAGUUGGGAAUAUACUUGUUAUUCUGUCUGUUGUUUGCAACAGACAUUUGCGUAUCCCAACAAACUAUUUUAUCAUAAAUUUAGCUAUUGCUGACCUGUUGCUGGCCACUACCGUCCUGCCUGUGUCUGCUACUUUGGAGAUUCUUAACUACUGGGUUUUUGGGAGAAUAUUUUGUGAUAUAUGGGCCGCGGUGGAUGUUUUAUGUUGCACCGCAUCUAUCAUGAGCUUAUGCGUAAUAUCUAUUGACCGUUACAUUGGAGUCCGCUACCCACUGCAAUAUCCAUGUUUUGUAACGGAGAGACGAGCGAUUUUUGCCAUGCUUGGUGUGUGGGCUCUUGCCAUUGUAAUAUCUAUUGGACCCUUGCUGGGAUGGAAAGAACCUCCUUCAGAGAAUGACACCGUUUGCCUUAUCACAGAGGAGCCCUUUUAUGCUCUUUUUUCCUCUUUGGGUUCAUUUUAUAUUCCACUGGCCGUUAUCCUUGCCAUGUAUUGGCGCGUGUAUAUUGUUGCCAAAAGGACCACUAAGAAUUUAGAGGCAGGUGUCAUGAAGGAACGCAUGGACUCAAAUGAGUUUACGCUUCGGAUUCACUAUAGAGGCUCCAACACACAAGACGACUGCGGUGGGACAUCUAAGGGUCAAGCCAGGAGCUCACUGACACUGAAGCUACUGAAGUUUUCCCGGGAGAAGAAAGCUGCUAAAACACUUGGAGUCGUAGUGGGCAUGUUUAUUUUAUGUUGGCUGCCAUUUUUCCUCGCAUUGCCCAUUGGAUCCUUUAAUGCCAGCCUACGUCCACCAGAGACCUUUUUUAAAGUGAUAUUUUGGCUGGGUUACUUCAACAGCUGCCUGAAUCCUAUCAUAUACCCUUGCUACAGCCGCGAGUUCAAGCAAGCCUUCAUCCGUAUCCUCAGAUGUCAGUGUCGGCACAAAAAACAUCGUGGAUUGACGGCAUAUAACUACCGCUCCAACCUUGGCUCCUCUAACCACGCCUAUGUGGACAUCCACUCAGCCUGCUUCAAUGGAAGUCAGCAAACCCUCUCCUCCAUCCAUCCCAGCCCUGCUUUUGUUACCAAGGCAACAGUGUCCAAAUCGGAGUUGGGUCAAUUACCGGGAUGGGGCCCGUCUUCGUCCUCCUCCUCCUCCAUGUCUGGGAGCCCAUUUCCAGGUGACAUUCAGUCUGUUGCUGGAACUGUCUGCCCAGACCAGAGCAAACCCGGCAGAAUGGCUCUGCUGUUCCCUGCUGACAAAACAGCUCUGCCGACCGGCGAUCAGAAUUGUAGAGAAAAGGAGAAAUGCCUUAAAAGUGACAUCUGAAGUGAACAGAGAUGUUUUAUAUUGAUGGCACACAUGAUGGGGAAGGUGAAAUAAAUUGGGAGAAUAAUAAAAUAGAUAGAUAUUGCUACUCAUAUUCUCGUAUUGCCAUUAAGGUUGUGUCUUAUUUCUUUAAAUAUUAUGGAACAUUAGCUAAUGAUGAAAACAGUGGAAUCAUUUUCAUCUCAACAUGGGGAUAGGACACUAUCCCCCCUCAGAUGCAAUUUAGAAAACAAUAUAUCAGAGAAAUAUCUUAAAAAGAGGUAAGAACAGCUUACAUAGCACCUAAAUAUGUGGAAUAUGUGUAGCUAUAUAGAAAACUUAGGAGGAUUUAUUCUUUAAGAAAUUAUUUAGUGAGACCCAUACAGAUAUUUAACAUCUGUGUUAGAUAUUUUUAAUAAUUUGGUUCAAAGUGGUUAUAGGCAACUCUGCUUGUUGGACCUAACCAAACCCUGCUAUGUAUAAGUUACAGUAUAAGCCUAUGCGUUUACUGAUAGCAUGUGUUGGCUUGGCCUGCUAAAAGUCAGAUUUCCUCAGAAAAUAAGUUAACCGGGAUACUAGUGCAUAAUCUCUGGCAUGAACAUCCAACUUGUUUGCAUGAUUGUUACUUAAGGAAAUUGCCAUCUAACUGGACAAAGUUGGGAUGCUUGACAUCAGAUGUAUUUAUUCAGCAUAUCUCCAUAAGGUAAUGGAUGGGUGGAGUCCAGACAGAAAGUUUAGAACAACUUACAAAUGGCAUUGAUUCACUCAGAAAACCCGUCACAUCAUUCAGCUGCCACAGCUCCAAACAGAACUGAGGGUUUAAAACUGAUUCUGGAACAGAUGAGAUGUGUAGAUAUAUAGGGAUAUAAUGUAUCUCUAUAUGAAGAUAUAACAUGGUUAAAUAUGUUCACAAUUAGUGAUAAUUAUUUGCAAAAAUAUGGUUGACGUGAAUAUGGUUGUAUUUUCCAUUAUUGAGAGGGACCUACCCACCCCUACCCAACAAUAAUCUGUUACAGUCAUUCUGUAAAAGCCAUAAAUGUAGCAUGUAUUGACAAUAGAGCAAAAUGUAUUAGGAAGAAUACAUGUUAAUUUGUCAAUCAUGUUAUAUGUAAAUAUUUUAUUUUAUUUAUCACAUACCCAUUACGUAUAAAACUAAUAAAUGGAUAAAGGGAAAAGCUCUAACAUAGAUUUUAGUGGAUCUCUGGAGUAAAGAACGUGAGAAAGUUGAUCAUGAUCAUUGUGUUUGUUUCUGUUUCUCAGUUCAGACUGAAAACCGUCUGUGUUUACCUUUUCAAUCAUGAUUAGUCAUGGCCACGCAAUUUUGUUACGUUGCUGAGUAGAGGCUUGGCCUGACUCCGAAGAUAGAUAGAUGGGGAUAGAGCAAGUUAAUAGAUGUAGCAUGUUUGCAUUGCGUUGCAUGAAUUAUUUAUUCCUCCAAUGUUCAAAAAUAUUACGUCAUGUUUUUUAUAUAUUUUGGGAGUGUACAGUUUUUAGUCACUUGCAAAUGCAUUAAAUGUCCAUACUCUAGAUGUACAAUUUCUGACCAUUCAUUUUUUUUAGAGAGACCCAGGUCAUUUAUCUUUUUGAACCACAUGUUAGGAGCAAUUGUAGCGAGGCACUGAAAUGUGUAAUACCAUUACCCCCUAGAAGUAGCAAUGUAAACAUCAUUGAUCGAUUAGAUUUAACUCUCUCUAUAUUCAGUUUGUGUCUGACUCAAACCAUGGGUGUUCUGUGUCUUCAUGGUGUAGUACAUCUUAGUCUUGGUAUGUAUUGCAAAAUGGUAAAAGUAGUAUGUGUGUAUGACAGUACGUGAAAUUAAUGAAACAACAUUUUUUGUCAGCUGCAACUACUUUUCUCCAGACACCCGAGAUGACUGAGUAAUAUUGAAAUAUUAAAUUGUUUAUAUGAACAUGUGCCUUUUUCCUUCGUAUCCGCAGUUCAGGACAUCACCUACUACUUUUAUCACUAAGUUGAACUCGAUUACUUUUAAUGUGUGUCUUAGGAUGGAUUAGACAGUAAGAAUUUGUUAUUGUUACAUACAUGAUCUAAAUGAGGUCAUCCCUAAGUUAUCUCUGUAUGUAAAAGAUUUUCAAUAAAGGUGAUUGUAACACACUGAUAUGUACAUGAUUCUAUUCUUCUUUCCCCACGUGCAUCCACAUAAUUACACUGUAUCUUAAAUGGGAAUUUUCAUUAUUUUAACUUAUAACUUGAAA